AUGAUGAAAUCGAUUUACAGUUGGCUUUUUAUCGCGAUAUUCCUACUUAGCGGCGGUGAUGCAUCUGAUGAAGAGGAAAUAGAAGAAGAAGAGGAAAUGGAAGAAGAAGAAAUGGAAGAGGAGGUGGACGAUACGAAUUGGUCAGAAGAGGAUUGGAUAAACGAGGAUUGGAGUGAUAAAGAAUGGGAUGAAAUUUUGAAAGGAACGGGAAUUGAUAAAGAGGAAUUGGAAGAGGAGGAGGAGGAGGAGGAGGAGGUGGAGGAAAUGGAGGAGGAGGAGGAGGAAGAAAGUGGGAAGCACAAGGGGGAAGGGGAAGACAAAGUUGGAAAUGAUUCCAACUGA